AUGUCGAGAUUCGUUUUGGUCACGGGCGCAACAGGCUUCAUCGGCGCCCAUAUUGUCGAUGCUUUGCUCUCACGCGGAAUUCGAGUGCGAGGAGCAACACGGUCGCGCCAAAAGGCUGAUAUUAUGAUAAAGGCCCGCCCGCAAUUUUCGCACUUGCUUGAAUUCGUUCAGAUUGGUGAUUUCGAGACUCGAAUCCCCGAGGGCUUGGUGGCUGCGGUUGAAGGGGUGGAUGGGAUCAUUCAUACUGCCAGUCCAUUUACCUAUGAUACAACCAACAACGAGCGAGAGCUCAUUAUUCCUGCAAUCAAUGGCGCCAUUGCAAUUCUAGAGGCUGCGAGAACAAACCCUCAAAUUCGACGCAUCGUCAUAACUUCUUCUUUUGCUUCCGUACUCGAUAUCAAUCGCAAAGGGUCAUAUUUUACUUAUACCGGUGCUGAUUGGAAUCCUCUCACUUAUGAAGAGUCCAUUGACCCCGCCACGAGUGCAGUUGUUGCCUAUAGAGGCUCCAAAAAGUAUGCGGAACUGGAAGCGUGGAAAUACAUUCAGGAACAUAACCCUGAUUUCGACAUUGUUGCUCUGUGUCCUCCAAUGACAUUUGGCCCUGUGGUACACCCCGUCGACCGCGUAAGCAAGCUAAAUGAAUCCAACGCGAUGCUAUGGAAGAUCGCAAGUGGUGUCAGCCCUCUUCCUGUUUCUCGGGUGCCGUUUUGGAUCGAUGUCCGUGACCUUGCAACAGCUCAUGUGAAAGCACUCAUUUCCAUCAAUGCAGGUGGGAAGAGAUAUAUCCCAGCCUCUCCAGAAAGAUUUUCUUAUGGGAUUGCUGCACGGGUAAUAUCAGAUGCGUUGCCAGAUCUAAAGGAGCGGGUGACCCAGGAGGAUCAGGUUAUUGACGAAAGCUGUGGGGUGGAUGGAGAAACCGCUUCUAAAGAUCUUGGUUUCACAUAUCGUGCUUUUGAGGAUACCGUGAGGGACUUGAUAAACCAAGCCGUACUCCUCAACAAGCCCUAG